CGUCGCCGCGAUGUUCGGCAAGGGAGGCGGGCUCGGGUCUCUGUUCGGGAGCGGGAAGAAGCCAGCGGACCAGCGAGACGGCGCCUCGAGCGCCGCGCGGUCGCCGCCCGCGGGCGUCGUCGCCGAUCUCGCGCGACGGGGCGAAUCAUCGGCAUCCGCGACGACGACGACGACGACGACGACGUCGUCGCCGCGGCCGAGCGACAUCGCGGACGACGACCUGCCCGCGAUCCUGAACCGCGCGGAGGACCUCCUCGAGAAGACGCGGAAGCGAUGCGAGCUCGGCGCGAGGACCCCGGAGGAGGAAGGCCGGCAGUUUCUCCGCGUCAACGAGGUGAAACGCCUCCUCGGUCGCGCGCGAUCGGCCGCGGCGAAGCUGCCGCCGCCCGACGACGACGACGACGACGCGAGCGCCGCGUGGCGCGCGCGGCUCGUCGUCCUCGACGCGGAGCUCGCGAGCGCGGUGGAGGCGGUCGUGGGCGGCGCGUCGCCCGCGCCGACGCCGAGGGCGGAGGCGCCGAGGGCGGAGGCGUCGACGUCGACGUCGACGCGACGUUCGGAAGGCGGCUUGUUCGCGGGCAUGACCGUGUCCCCGAUCGCGCCCGCGUCCGCGCUGGGCGGCGCGCUCGGCACCGGCGGCGACCUCUUCAGCGGGCUGGAGGUCUCCGCGGGGGGGUCGAGCCCGGCGGCACCGGCGGCGGCGGCGGCUGCCGCUCCAGCGUACACGCCGCCGUCGCCGCCGCCGCCGCCGCCGCCGCCGCCGGCUCCCGCCGCCGCCCCGGCGCCGUUGGCGUCGCCCCCUCCGCCGCGUUCGCGGUCGGAAUCAGUCGGCGGCGGCGUGACGGGCGUUGGGAUGCUGGACGCGUCGAUGUUCGCCGGGGCGGACGCGAUGGCGCCCGCCGACGCGACGACGACGACGACGACGACGACGACGACGGGCGGCGGCGGCGGCGGCGAGUCUUCUUCCGGGGCGAAUAAGAAACCGAGAGGGUUCCGCGUCGGGUACGGCCGCGACGAGGGCGACGACGCGGACCGCGUCACCGGCGAAGCGGCCGCGACGGCGCCCGCGCCCGCGUCGACGACGUCGACGCCCGAACCGGCGGCGGCGACGAGCGCGCCCGAGCCGUCGCCGCCGCCGCCGUCGCCGCCGCCGCCGCCGCCGCCGGCGGCGGAUGAGGACGCAUCGGAGACGCACGACGCGGCGUGCGCCGCGGCCGCGCGCUCGCGGUCCGCCGCGAUGCGAACCGCCGCGGACGCGGACGACGACCUCGAGGCUGCGGAGAAGACCCAAGACGAGCUGUGCGCGAAGGAAGACUUCGAAGGGGCGGACGCGCUCGCUGGGAAAAUCGAGGCGCUGACGACACGCAAAACGGCCGCUGUCGAGGCGUUACGCGCCGCAGAACUCGCGCACGCGGCCGCGCGCGAGGCGUCGUUGCGCGCGAUGGAUCGCCGCGCCGCGCGCGCGACGCGGGACGCGGAGACGGCGGAGGCGGCGGCGAGGGACGCGCGCGAGGCGGCGACGGCGAAGGCGAAGGAGCGAAGGAAAGCCGCGGCUUCGGACGCGACGCGCGCGCGCGACGCCGCGUCCGAGGCGUCCGUCGCCGCCACCGCGACGGUCCGCGCGCUCGAGCUCGAGGCGGCGUCGCUGAGAGGGCGGCUCCGCGCGAAGGAGACGGAGCUGUCGCGCGCGAGAGAGGACGAGAAGCGCGCGGUCGACGCGGAGAAGGACGCGACCGCCGCCGCGGCGAGCGGAGAGAUCGACGCCGCGGUGGAAGACAUGGGCGCCGGCGACGCCGCGACGGCGGACGCGAUGCGCCGGGAAGCGGCCGUGCACGCCGCGGGCGCGCGGCGCGCUCGAGACGCGAUGGCCGCGCUGGAGGUGGCGCGACGCGCCGAGGACGACGCGCGCGCGGCGUUUGAACGCGCCGCCGCCGCCGCCGCCGCCGCCGCCGCCGCCGCCGCGACGACCGCGUCCCCCGCGGGCGGCGCGGACGCGGAGAACGCGAGCGCGGAGAACGCGAGCGCGAGCGGGAUCGCGUGGCCCGAUCCCAGACGCGCGGCGAUCGACUCCUUGAGAGCGGCGGCGGCGGCGAAGCGCGCGGCGGCGGCGACGAGGCGCGCCGAAGCCAUCGACGCCGAGGCGAGUAAACGCCGCGCCGCCGCCGCGAAAGAUUUCAAGUCCGCGGGCGCGCACGCCGCGAGGGAGAAAGAGCUCGCGGAGGCUGCGGACGCGAUGGAGGCGGACGCGGCCGCGGCGGAGAAGGCGCACGAGGAGGCGGAGAAGGCUGCCGCCGUCGCGGCGAGAAGAGAAAGGGAAGAGGCGCGCGACGGCGGCGGCGGCGCGACCGACGGCGGCGACCGACCUCUCGCGGCCGCGGCGGCGGCCGCGGCGCGAGCGCAUCUCGCCGCGCGCGUCGCGAGGUUGCGCCGCGAGGUGGAUGUCGACGGCGAUCGCUCCGACGCCGGGCGCGCGUUAUCGGAAGCCGCGGACUACCUCGAGCGACGCGGCGAGCGAGGACGAGCGACGUGA